AUGGGGACAAUACGGGACAAUGUGGUCAAUGGGGACAAUGGGGUCAAUGGGGACAAUGGGGUCAAUGAGGACAAUGGGGUCAAUGAGGACAAUGGGGUCAAUGGGGACAAUGAGGACAAUGGGGACAAUGAGGACAAUGGGGACAAUGGGGACAAUGAGGACAAUGGGGUCAAUGAGGACAAUGGGGACAAUGAGGACAAUGGGGUCAAUGAGGACAAUGGGGUCAAUGGGGACAAUAUGGGACAAUGGGAUAAGUUAUUUGGGAAGCGGCUGCUGCAGGCUGGGAGGUACAUCAUGUCUCAUAAGUCCUGGAUGAAGACCGUGCCCACUGAGAACUGUGACGUCCUCAUGACUUUCUCAGACCGGACAGAUGACCAUACGUUGCUAUGGCUACUAAACCACAUGCGCCUGGGCAUUCCAGAACUCAUCGUCCAGAUCCGACAUCACAAACACACGCAUGUACACGCCUUCUUCGUCACGGCAACAUAUGAGAAUUUGUUGCGCGGGGCAGAGGAGAUGGGUCUGAGGAAGUCAUUGAAGCCAGAGUUUGGGGGAGGAACACGCAGCUUCUCCUGUGAAGAAGACUACAUCUAUGAGAACAUUGAGAGUGAACUAUGCUUCUUCACAUCACAGGAGAGGCAGAGCAUUAUCAAGUACUGGCUCGACAAUCUACGAGCCAAGCAGGGGGAGGUGCUUCAUAACAUACACUUCCUGGAGGGACAGCCAAUCAUCCCAGAGCUGAGUGGGCGGGGUGUGAUCCAGCAGGUGUUUCCUCUCCAUGAGCAGAGGAUCCUCAGUCAGCUGAUGAAGUCCUGGGUGCAGGCCGUGUGUGAGAAACAGCCACUGGAUGAUAUUCGUGACUACUUUGGGGUGAAGAUAGCCAUGUACUUCGCCUGGCUGGGGUUCUACACCACGUCUAUGCUGUAUCCUGCUGUCAUCGGCUUCGUACUCUGGGUUCUCACCGAGUCUGACCAGACGAGUCGUGAUAUCUGCUGUGUGGUGUUUGCCCUGUUUAACGUGGUGUGGGCCACUCUCUUCUUGGAGAGGUGGAAGAGAAGGGGGGCGGAGCUGGCCUAUAAGUGGGGUACGCUGGACACCCCUAACGAGUCCCUAGAGGAACCACGGACGCAGUUUAGGGGUGUGAAGCGGUGCAGCCCCAUAACAGGCUGUGAGGAGUUUUAUUACCCACCAUGGAGGAGGAGGGUGUUCAGGUGGCUGGUCAGCCUGCCCAUCUGCAUCCUGUGUCUCUGCUUUGUGUUCCUGGCCAUGCUCCUCUGCUUCGAACUGCAGGAGUUUGUUAUGGGGAUUAAAGAAGUGCCUCGUCUGGCCCGGUUCAUCCCUAAGAUCAUGCUGGCCAUCACUGUGACCGCCUGUGACGAGGUGUACAGGAAGAUAGCCUACUGGCUCAAUGACAUGGAAAACUAUAGACUCCAGAGUGCCUAUGAGAAACAUCUCAUCAUUAAAUUGGUUCUUUUUCAGUUUGUUAACUCUUAUCUCAGCCUUUUCUACAUUGGAUUCUACCUCAAAGACAUGGAGCGUCUGAAAGAGAUGCUGGCCACCCUGCUGAUCAUCCGCCAUUUUGUCCAGAACGUGAAGGAGGUGAUGCAGCCUUACCUGUACGAGCGCCACAAGCUGGGCGAGCUCACCCUGCGCAGUGUCUGGGAUCUGCUCCUCUCAGCCCUGCUCAAGUACUGCAGGCUGGCCGCAGGAAAGCCCCAGGCUUCACCCACCGACCAGGCCAUGCCGGGCCCUGGCCUGAGGGGAACCAGACCCGGGGAGGGAGAGAGGGAGGAGGGGGACAGUGGGAGGUUCAGUGAGGGAGAGAAUGAGGAAUCGUCUGAGAGUCUGAUAGACUGUGGCCUCAAGCUGAGGAAGGUCAGCUUCAUAGAGAAGAGGGACAGGAAGUCGUCUGGAGGGGGCUGCGUCCCCACAAUGGAGGACAGUUUCCUGGAGGACGGCAGCCCCACUAUGGUGGAGAAGGGGAUGGAUCCGGCAUCGGUGUUCGAGACAUAUGAUGAUGACGAUGACAAUGGCGUCACUGAGACAAAGGACACGGGAGUUUCGGCCAAUGAGAGUAUGGCGGCUGCCCCGCUGCCUUCUGGGCCAGAGAGCACGGUGACGGUACGUCAUCGCAGAAGGCAGAGGAGUUUGGAGAGGGCAGACUCUAAAACCAAGCGGGAGUCAUGGAUCGACCCGCCAGAGGAGCAGGAGAGUACGAGUCUGGCACAGGCUGAGAUAGAGAGCUGCAUGCAGACAUAUGAGGACACCUUCCAGGACUACCAGGAGAUGUUUGUCCAGUUCGGCUACGUGGUUCUCUUCUCCUCAGCCUUCCCCCUGGCGGCCAUGUGUGCCCUCAUCAACAACAUCAUCGAGAUCCGCAGCGACGCCUUCAAGCUCUGUACCGGCCUGCAGAGACCCUUCGGCAAGAGAGUGGAGAGCAUCGGACAGUGGCAGACGGCGAUGGAGGCCAUGGGUCUGAUUGCCAUCAUAGUCAACUGUUACCUGAUUGGUCAGUGUGGUCAGCUGCAGCGCCUCUUCCCCUGGCUCAGCCCUGAGAUGGCCAUCAUCUCCAUUGUCAUCCUUGAGCACUUUGCCAUCCUGCUGAAGUACAUCAUUCACGUAGCAAUCCCAGACAUCCCCAGCUGGGUGGGGGAGGAGAUGGCCAAACUGGAGUACCAACGCAGGGAGGCUUUUAAGAAACACGAGCGGCAGGCGCAGCAGCACUAUCAACAGCUACAGAGGAGGAAGAGAGAGGAGGAGGAGAGGCAGAGGCAGACGGAGCACCAGGCUCGCAGGGAGAGGGAGAGAGAUGAGGGGAAGGACUCCUCCGGGGGAGACCACCACCACGACAAGAGCCACGGGGGGAAGUCCCGCUCUGGAGGGGGUGGAGGUGGGGACAAGCCCAAGAGGCCCAGCUCCCUCCUGGCCAACAACAACGUGAUGAAGCUCAAACUGAUCACCCCCUUACAGAGCAAGUUCUCCUCCGGCAGCGCGCGCUCCCCUCAGUCUCCCACCGGAAACGAACCCAAGCUCCCCGGGUUCCUCAGCUUCAAAUUCCUCAAGUCGCCUGAGAAUAAGAAGGAAGCGGCUGCUGCCGCUGCAGCUGCAGCCACGGCAACGAAUACCACGACGACCGCGACCGCCCCCGGCGGUAACCAGGAGCGGUCUCAGUCGCCGAGCAAGUCGUUCAACCCUGGGAAACUGUUUAACUUUGGGAAGUCGGAGGGGGGCUCCUGUGUGAAUGGGUCCCAGUUACCCCGACCAGGGGAGGGUUCCCAGGGAUCUGACAAACAGCUCACCAAGUCUGACCUGAAUGGGGUGCCGGACGAGAUCCCCUCGCCUGGAGGGGAUGAGGGGGAGAACGGACACCACACAGACUCCUCAGACCCGAAAGUCUAGGCUCUCUUUGGAUAGGGAGAUGACAAACUGCUAUGAGAACUUAACUUAAUAUAUCUACUAGAAGGAGAAACG